AUGGGAAAUCGGGCGAGUAAGGAGGAUGUUGAUAUUCCUCUAGUAUCUAGGUUGAGGGAUCAGAUUGUGGCUCGAAGUUCUGUGCAGACUCGAAGCUAUAAGAUUCCACGAGGAUUGAUGGAGAGUAGUUCGAAGGACAAGUUGGGUUCAGUGACGGUUUCAUAUUCCGAGUUUAAUAAGAACAAGUUACCUGUAAUGUUUUACCCGACUGUAAUAAUGCGGUUUCUACCAUUGGUACUAGACGAAUUGCCUGUAUUGAUGGAGAUAUGUUGUACUUGGUUUGUGUGUUUGCACGAUGCUGUAAUGCUGCAGUAUAGCAAGCGGAUUCUAUCUGGAUUCGUGCGGACAUAUCGGCGGCAUUUGUUGUUUACCAAUGCGACAUUAAGUGUGCAAAAACUACACACGUCAGAUGCAGGCAGCAAACGUGUCGACUUAAUGAUCUAUGCCAAAGUCCUGCCCUCGCUCCUAGGCGGGCUAUUCAGCAACAGCAACGUCGUCGAACUCCGGUAUAUCAGCGAAUACUACCACGACCCCAAGGACAAGGACGGAAGGACAAGGACC